AUGUACAGUAACAAAGAGAAGUACUUCAGUAUCAAGCAAGUUAUCAUUCAGGAGGGCCAGGGUAAUAAUGAUGUUGGCCAGGGCUCCCAUGUCUACCCUUACAACUUCCAGAUCCCUGCAGAAGACCUGCCAUCCUCCUUCAAAGGCUCAUAUGGAAAGAUACAGUACACACUGGAGGCAAAUCUGAGCAGGUCAAUGAGAGUAGACACCAAAGCUAAGGUGAAGUUCACUCUCCUUUGCAAAGGAAACCUGAAGAGUGAUCCAUUGCUGAUGACUCCACAGCACAGUAUCACUAAUAAAAAAAUGAAGCUCUUUACAUCGGGGACAGUAGGCAUGGAUGUAAACAUUGCACGAACAGGCUACCACCAAGGGGAAGGCAUAAAGGUUGUGGCAUCCAUUCAGAACAGAUCAUCUUGUGACAUCAAGCCCAAAUACUGUCUGUAUUUAAAGUACAGUUAUUUUGCAAAGAGGAAGAGGAAAGUGGAAACCAGAGACAUCCUGAAAGAGGUGGGUGAUGCCAUCCCACCUUCUGCAGGUCAGACUGUCACCAGGAUCAUCACCAUCCCUCCCACCGCAUGUGCGUCCAUCUUAAACUGUAACAUCAUCAAAGCAGAGUACAGACUCAGGGUCUAUCUGGAUGUCAAGUAUGCUUCAGACCCCGAGAUCAAGUUCCCCAUAGUGAUCCUGACCGCUUUACAGGGGACUGAUGAUGGGGAGCAUCUGCCUGCUUAUCCUACCUUCUCCCUUUUUGCUUAG